GGCGGGGCAUCGCCGCCUGUCCAUCUGGUCGAGCAUGACGGGCGGGCCGGCCUCCCUGGACCCUGCCUGCAACUGGAGCUCCCUGGUGUCGGCACUGGUGGCCCUCAACACGCUGCUGCUGGGCUGCGCCAUGGUCAGUGCCAGCGUCUUCAACACGGUGAGCAUCACCUCCACGCACCUGCAGCUGUACCUCAUCACCAUUAUGAUCCUCAGCACCUGCUGGAUGCUCUACUACACCCUCUACACCGUCCGCGAACACUGCGCUGUGCUCUACAAGGACGGCCAUGCUGGUCCCAUCUGGCUCAGGGGGGGGCUAAUUCUUUUUGGCUUAUGUAGUAUAAUCAUGGACAUCUUUAAGAUUGCCAAUUAUGUGGGCUACCUUCAUUGCGACUCACCUGUUAAGAUUGUCUUCCCAAUUGUUCAGGCUGUGUUCAUUUUAGUACAGUCAUACUUCCUUUGGCUCCAUGCAAAGGAUUGUGUUCAGCUUCAGAGAAACGUAACACGUGGUGGCCUGAUGUUGACUUUGUCCACAAAUCUGAUGCUGUGGAUGACAGCGGUGACUGAAGAGUCUCUGCAUCAGACAGUGCUUCCUCAAUCCAAUGGCAGCAAAGCCUCUCACAGAACGGCAAUGCGAGUGGGUCCAAUGGAUGACUGUGAGUGCAGCCACUCCGCGUGCAGCAUCUUCGAGCAGGCCUCUAACUACCUGUACCCCUUCAACAUCGAGUACAGCCUGUUCGCUUCGGCCAUGACCUACGUGAUGUGGAAGAACGUGGGGCGCCUGGUGGAUGGGUGCCACCACCACCGACUGCGCUUCCACCUGCGAGACGUGCUCCUAGGCCCCAUCAGCGGGCUUCUGGUGCUGGUGGCUGGCCUGGUCACCUUCAUCAUGUACAAGGUGGAUGUGCAGGACAAGGACCCGGCCAAGCGUGACCUGGCGCUGCGCAUGCAUUACAUCAUGAACUCGCUGGCCUACGUGCUCAUGUCAGCCGCCACGGUGGCCGGCUGGGUGCUCUUCGGUCUGGACCGGCGCGAGUACGUGUCCGGCAAGAACCCCACGCGUAGCCUGGAUGUGGGCCUGCUGCUGGGGGCCUCCAUGGGCCAGUUCGCCAUCUGCUACUUCACCAUCGUGGCGGUGGUGGCCACGGGCGUGCAGAGCGAGGUGGACGCGCUCAACUUGGCCAGCGCCCUGCUGGCCAUCGUGCAGCUGUGCCUGCAGAACGGCUUCAUCGUGGAGGGCCUCCACCGGCUGCCGCACGAGCCCACGCCCGCGCAGACCAACGCCGCCCCGGAGGUGUACGCCAACGUACACGCCACACGCUCGCACAGUGACUCCGAGCUUGAUAUCAAGCCAGACCCCAUUAGGAUCAGUACGGUUUCACAGUCACACCACUGCCCCACGCGUCUUUGCUGGAAAAGACGGGCACUGAAGGAGGUCUGCGCCUAUCUGAUGCUCUGCAACAUUACUUUAUGGAUCAUGCCGGCGUUUGGUGCCCGGCCACAGUUUGAGAACCCCCAUGGGCUCAAUUUCUACCAGGUGUACAUGUGGGUUGCCGUGAUGAAUAUUGGCCUGCCGUUUAGCAUCUUCUACCGUAUGCAUUCUGUGGCUGGCCUGUUUGAGGUCUACGUGACAUCCUGAUCUCUACCCCUUCUCCAGGGGUCACCUCUCCAGCAUUACAAUAAAUAUGGGACAGGGCAUCACCUCAGUAUGACAUU